AUGGCCUCGAAUAGAUACCCCGGCACAAAAGAGGUUCGCAAGAUGAACUACGAGAAGCGUUUCCUCACCGCAUGCGCCUGCUUUAAGUCCUGUCUAUACGAGGAGCUUCGAUUUUUGAGUCUCGGGGACGGUCUCCGCUCCGAGAUCCUUCCCGUCCUACGCAAGCUGGUAAAGCUGCUGAAGGCCAUUUUUGUCCUUGGGGAGGAGAUGGCACGGACAUGUCCGGAUUGUCGCACUGUCCGUAAUAGGCCUACGGACCACUUCUUGGCUCAGUUCGAGCGUCUGUGUGCCGGUCGCAUCAUGGCCCCUUUGGAGCAGGCCAUUGCUGAUCUUGAAGCGGAUGAGAUGAAGCCAGAGCCGAAGCCGAGCGUUGACUUCUAUGUAUCUUCGGAUUUGGAUGAUAUUCGUCCGAAUACUAUUUUGCUCUCCAGAGAGCCGCUACCUCUAUAUAUGACGGACGGUGCUCCGUUGCAGAGCCUUUCUCGCCCGUGA